CUUCAAACCAAAACACAGCCAAUCUAGAAUCUUCCCUUAGCUCCAACACUGCACUGUGGAAAGAUAAUACAGAUGUUUAAGAAUAACCACUAUGACCACAAGCAAAGAGUGGAGGCCAUGAUUAAGAACAUUAAUACAAUCUCUUUGGAGGUGAAGAAGAUGAAAGAACUCUCCCAGAUCCUGCUCUGUGACCUCAAUCUCCAUUUUGGUCAGCACAAGAAAACAGAGGACCCCAAGGAGGCAGAAACAACCCACCCAUUUGAGGAGCCUGAGAUACCAGAUGUAGCCCUGGCUUCCAUCAAUUUAUCUGACUGAAUGUUUUUUUUUUUCUUCUUCUUUGUUUUGGUUUUCUUGUUUUGUUGACUUAAGAUUUUGGAAGAAUUUUAGUAAUAUAAUUUAAAACAGUAUAAAAUUUUAAAUAAGCAUAUUGUCUUCUUGAAAGCUGUGUUUUCCUGUUUGAUUGUUUGUUUGUUUG